AUGGACAUGCGUGGCGUGGAAUACGUGAAGGCAAAGAUGCCAAAACUCGGAUUGGGAACAUGGCAGGUCCGCAAUGAGAGCAUCCCAGCAGCAGUUGAUGCGGCAUUGGCCUCGGGAUAUCGUUUUAUCGACACGGCGCAGAUUUAUGGUAACGAGGCAGCGGUUGGAAAGGCACUGAAGGAGGCGCUACCAAAGUACAAUCUCCAGCGUGCCGAUAUUUUCAUCACCUCGAAGUUGGCCCCGGCAAAUCAGGGGCCCGGCGCCGAGAAAGCGAUUGAACAGAGUCUAAAGAACCUCCAAACGGACUACUUGGAUCUGCUGAUUAUCCACUGGCCAGGCUCAUCCAAUCCCUCAGAAUCACCAAAGAACAAGGAACUGCGAAAGCAAAGCUGGGAGACGAUGGAAAAGUUUUACGACGAGGGCAAGCUCAAGGCGAUCGGCGUCUCAAAUUACACGGAACGACAUUUGCAAGAGUUGCUUGGACAUGCAAAGGUUCACCCGGCCGUCAACCAGUUCCAAACCCUGGCCGACAAAGCGUUUUACCGGAAAAUCCAAUUGUCAAAAUGCAACCGCGGACUCGAUUGUGGCCGUUACGGCGAUUGUAUGGAUUGCACAUUCCCGAAGAAUUGUAUAUUUGGCACUAAUGUUAGGAUCAACUGCACAACCGUUCCACAAUGUUUGCGGUAUUCAAUGUCGAGAGUCGCGAGAUGCCGGUUUUGCUGGCAACUCGAGCCGAGCGAGUACAGCUGCACACACACUUCGAACUGCUCGACGACCAGCGCCGAGUUGGUGCCGGUGUUGUGCUCGGCUCAUCAAGAUGUUCUGUGCAUGGGCAAUCGUCACUUUUACAAGAAGACCAGAUGCAACUGGACUUCCGGUCACAGCUGGGCGAAGGCGCUGUUCUUAUCGAUUACGCUGGGCGGAUUUGGAGUAGACCGUUUCUAUCUGGGCCUCUGGAAAUCGGGCAUCGGCAAGCUGUUCUCGUUUGGCGGGCUCGGCAUUUGGACGAUAAUUGACAUCAUCUUGAUCGCCGUCGGAUAUAUACGGCCGUCUGACGGAUCGCAUUAUGUG